AUGAGGACCAAGGGUUUGCCAUGGACGAAUUCGAUGGAGCGGGAUGGGAGGGAGAUGGAAUCGGCUUGAGAGAUGAGGAACUCCGCGGCGAGGUGGUAGUCGGGAGUGGGCUGGGCGGUGUUGAUCUGGAGGUAUUGCUGGAAUCGGGAGAUGACUUGGGAGGGUGAGGAGGAGUCUCCGGCCGCCACCGACGGCGGUGGAAUUGUGAACAAGAGGAGGAAGCAGCAGAAGCAGAGUAGAGUGUGACUAGUAGGCUUGAUUGGCGUCGCCAUGGUGUGGCGGCGAGAGUGGAAACUUGGAAAGGUUCUUGGCUAAAGG